AUGAAAACCCGCGAGACACGGAUCGUUUCUAAGCGGGUCGGUUACGGGUUUGUCUGGGUCAAGCGUAAAGACACGUCAUAUCCACAAUUAUGGCAAGAAGUUAAGUUGUUGCUUCUUUCCUUUUUGUCAACGUAUCUGACCGAAAAAGGAUUCAGCCUUGUUGUUCAGCUUUUGACAAAGCACAGAAAUCGGUUGGAUAUUUCCAAUGUAGGUGAUCCGCGUUCAACUUUAACCAACAUCGAAUCAGACAUCGCAUCAUGA